AUGUUUUACGCACACAUCGUAUUAGCGAAGAAGGGCCCGCUGGCCAGGAUUUGGCUGGCGGCGCACUGGGACAAGAAAAUCACCAAGGCGCACGUCUUUGAGACGAACAUCGAACAGAGCGUCGACGGAAUCAUGCAGCCGAAGGUGAAGCUGGCCCUCCGAACCUCUGGCCACUUGCUGCUCGGUGUGGUUCGAAUCUAUGCCCGCAAGGCUAAAUAUUUGUUGGCCGAUUGCAAUGAGGCAUUCGUCAAAAUUAAGAUGGCUUUCCGGCCCGGAAUGGUGGAUCUCCCGGAGGAGCACCGCGAGGCGGCGGUUAAUGCCAUUACGCUGCCGGAGGUGUUCCACGAUUUUGAUACUCCGUUGCCGGAACUGAACGACGUCGACAUUGAGGCCCAUUUCUCCAUCAAUCAGUCCCGGGCGGACGAAAUUACGAUGCGAGAAGAUUACGGAACACUGUCGCUCAACAUCCACGAUGAUGGUUUCGGCGACAUGGGAUUCGACGAUGCACCCGACAUGGUUCGAGACCGAAUGGACGACCAGAUGGAGGAUGAUCUGUUCACGGACACGGUUACGCGUCCACCGGAUUUGGACCAGGAGAAGGAACCGAUGCCUGGCACUUCGCGAUCGUUACUCGAUUCCAUUGACGCUCACGCUGAUGAUGAUAAUUUCGGUGAUGAAGAUUUUGGAGGACAACCUGCGGCCGGAUUGUUUGAGGGCGAUAUAUUUGCUGAUGCGCCAAUAGCUCCCGAACCGGAGCUUCCUUCAGCAGUUACACAACGACAAGAUGGAGAGUCGGACGACGAUGAUGAUGAUCAUUUCGAUAUGGCCGGAGCGCCCUCACCAGCGCCCAGCACGGACAAUUCACGACCUCCCUCCCCGAUUAUGGCCAAUACUUUGCUUGAUGGAGCAUCGCUUCCGCCGGGCACUAGCAAAGAUACAGCUGGGCAGCAACAGCACUAUUCGGAAUCAGGCCUCCCAACUAUAGGCGAUGGUGCGAGGCACGGAGAUGAAGACAGGGAAGCUGUCGGGGAGGAUGGGCUUCCGGAUCAAUCGACGUUGCUGAACAAUGAGGAGGAAAGUUUUGCCCUUGCUCCGGUUGACGCGACGGCUCUGAAAGGUACAACGAAGUCGAAACGAAAGCGUAAACUGAUCGUCGAUGAAGUUAAAAACAUAUCCGGCGAGGAGAUGAAGAGUCAGCUGGCAAACACGUCCGAUAUUGUGACGACACUGGACCUUGCGCCUCCUACCAAGCGGCUUAUGUACUGGAAAGAGACCGGCGGCGUAGAAAAGUUGUUUGCCCUCCCUUCGCGCGACAUUCCGGCCCGAUGUUUGUUUAAAAACUACCAGCGACAUCUUAUCUCGCGCUGGAUCGCCAUCGAGGACUUUUCCGUUCUUGGUCCACUCGAUGUGCUGGGCGUGGAGCUACCAAUUGAGCGACCUGAAACACCUCCCCAGGGUGCGGCGGGUAAACGUGGUAGAAAACGGAAACAGAUACCAGAAGUUGCGGCUACCACGCCACCUGCAGCCGGUUCACUGGAGAAUUCUGGAAGCUCUGAUCAGAUACGAAGCGGAGCACCCGAAAUGCCGCCCCCGACGCCUGCUUCGUUAGAGAUGCGAGAUGAUACGCUUGGUGCAGCCGAAGCAACUCACUCUUCUUCGUCCGCGUUCAUGCCCCCGCCGGCGACGCCCGGGUUGGGAAAUUUGGCGAGCCCGAACCAUCCGCACCUUAUGCCUCCGACCCCGGGCAUGCUCCCGCUAACGCCCGGUCAGCUCGAUCACGGUGGACUUACACCGAUGGGUCUCGUGCACGGUGGGCUCACGCCAAGCGAUCUUCACCAUGGUGGAGGCCUCACACCUGCCGGUCUGCAUCACGGCGAUCUUGGAGGCGGCAUGACGCCGCAUGCGCUCGAUCACGGUGCGAUGACACCGCACCAUUCGUCGCUGGAGCAUAUCGAUCAGAUACCGGCGUUGCCAGCUGAUCAGGUGUCCUCUAUCCUGAACGAACCGGGAAUGGAAGGUUUCUCAAACAUGGGCUUUGAUGGCAAUGCGUCUGAGGAGAUUGCCAAUGAUUGGAACGCUGAUUACGAAUUCUCCCCAUCCGUGGGACCGGCGCAGCCAAACGAUGAGCAACAGGUGGACGAGACGAUCGAGCAGUUUGAGGAGCGCGUCUUGAACAAGCGGGCAGCUCAGAUGUUCCUUUCCGUGAAGUCGCGACUUCUAAAGGCGGAUCACAUCAUGCUGUCGGAGAUGACGCACCGGAACAACAAAAAGCAGGCCGCACAAAAGUUCUACUCGCUGCUGGUGCUGAAAAAGUUCAAGGCUCUCGAGAUUGCCCAAAAACAAGCGUUCGAUGACAUUGUCGUAACUCGAGGGCCGAUGUUCGACAAUCCGAAGCUCUAAGAAAACAAAAGUGUCCGGUAGUGAGGGACUGUGAUGGGCGUCAAUUGUCCACGCCUGUCGCUUUCCUCGUUAGAAAAAAGGUGUACAUUAGCUUCUUCGUUAGUGCGUAAGAAAAUCCAGAAAUGUGUUGCUGGACAAAGAGUUGAUGGACAAAAUUUAACAAAAAUCUCCCCCAGAUCACUGUUUGUUAUGUCCAGGGCGAGGAGUGCGAGUCAUCACAGCGCAACCCAUUCUGCGAAUCGUAAAGAAAUCGAUUGUUGUUUUUUAUUUACCACUUACUCGUUUUGUCCGGUAAUUAAUCGUGUAUAAUGUGUCCAGUUUUUGUUUAUAAACUUUACUGUAAUUUUUAGUAACACCAUAUUUGGUUCCCGUUUUGUAGGGUAGUAUCAGGAGCGGUAACUAUUAAAUAGUGUUCUUUUUAGUUUUGGAUCAAUUUUCGUUUUACCAUUUACACAACGCCACAAUAUACGGCAAAAACAAAAACACAAUAUUUUACCUUGUACAUAUUUAAAUUUAUGCACACAUGGCACAUCUCAGUGACGGUCUCGAUUGGUGCCAGUAUUGUAAAUAGUACCAUUUAUCCAUCGCCAGUGUCCAUUUGGGUGCUUUGAAUUUUUACUGAAACAUCUCACAACAUAUAACAUCAGUGCAGAAUCGGCCUGCGCCAGUGUCCCCCAGCACACUCAAGCAAGCCCGGAAGACGUUUUCAUGAAGUCUAAGGCUGUUGAAAAGUGGACACUUUUCAGCAUUCAUUUACACUUCAAACUGUAAAUGGCAAUCGCUUACGGGGCUUUCUCAUUUACAAACCCAGUCCUCUUUUGCAAGUGCACACCGCUUGAAUGGUUUCCCCGUGUGUGUCGCUAAACACAAUCCAUUUUGCAUUGUAAGCUGGUCAAAGCUCGAUUGAAAGCUCUUGGCAAAAGGCCAUACCUCCUUUGCCUAACUACGUGACAUUUAAAUUCUGUGAUUUAUCGAAUGCAUUUUCUUAAAAACAACUUAAGAAGAUGCAAGUUUGAUUCUGAUUUUUCCGAAUUCGUACUAUCGUUUUGGGCUACAGAACAUCACGUAAAAAAAGUGUCGCUGACAAUUUUCUCCAUUUCUAUCAAGUUCAAAGUUGAAAAUAAUUGCUUUGCAGGUGAGAAGUAUGUUGAAAAUAUUACCCAUGAUAUAAAACAAAAAAUUCACACAAAACUUGUCACAUACACCUUUUUGUUGUAGUUUUCGUUCACAAUAACUUUAAUAACGGUUUUUCAGCUAAAAGUCUCCGCUCGUUCCGUGAUUGCUUUGUCCAUGGGCAUUGUUUGCUCCUGCGGUCCUUAUCUCACCUCUUCGUACCUCUUAUAGCCUUCUGACCCAGUUGAGCUUUUGGGGACAGCAUUUGUUCAUCAUCACUUUUGGAAAUGGAAAGGUCGGUCAUCACAAAUUCAAGUAGCGGUAUCUCGUUCCAUCCCGAGGCCGGUUUUGCAUUUCUUUUACCGACUUCGUACGUAGGUGUGCGAUUCGGGUUUCGUAACGGACUCGGCAAAAGAAACGGCCUUGGCAACAUGGGGUGGAGCAGCAUGUAAACUAUAUUAAACGCAUAGAAGAACCAACGUAGAACUAGUAGCGAUGAACGUAAGAUGAAACAUUGUACAUGAUCAUGGCGGUAGAGAAAAGGAACAUUGUGAACAAUAGUAGCGAGCAAGUAAAAGGAAAACAGAAACAAACAACUUGUAAAAU